UUCGAUUGGGGGAACAGGGACGCCGAACGUCAAUAAACAACCGUUCGUUCUUCAGUAUCUCCGGAGCGUCAUCUCUUCAUAACUUUCUCCGGAGCUUCAGCCCUCCAUCUCCGGACGCCAUCAUGACCACUCGGAGGCUCGCGCUGUUCCCGCCACUUCUGCUGCUUCUCUCCCCGCUGCUGGUUGUUGAGGCUCGGCCGCUGCUCGUCUUCUUCAUCGAUGCCCUCCGUUACGACUACGUGGACGACCUCAAGUCGCUGCCCGGGUUCCGACAACUGCUGGAGAGCGGGGUCAAAGUGGACUACAUGACCCCGGUCUUCCCGAGUCUGUCCAUCCCGAACUUCUACAGUCUCAUGACAGGUCGCUACCCUGAUGUUCACCAGAUGACCGGUAACUACAUGUGGGAUGAGAAAUCCGGGAAAAAGUUCCUGCUCGGGACAAACCCAGAGAGUGCGCUACCUUUGUGGUGGGAAGGCUCAGAGCCGUUAUGGGUCACACUUCAGAAGAUGGGAAAACGUGCCUCCAUGUACAACAUGCCUGGCUGCCAGGUAAUGAUUUUUGGUGUCCGUGUCUGGUACUGUAAGCCUUUUGUCCCAAACAUCUCUGCGACGCGCCUCAUACAGAUUACAGAGGAAGCCCUGGACGAUCUCGGGUCAGGCAAAGCGGAUCUGGCGGCAGUGUAUUAUGAGAACCUUGACAAAGUGGGACAUUACUUUGGAGCAGAUACCUAUCCCAUGAAGGCAGCUGUGCAAAGGUUGGAUGCUGCCAUGGUGGCGCUCAACUCCAAACUUAAAGAGAAGAACUUGGUGGACAAGUUGAAUAUCAUGAUGUUUUCUGACCACGGAAUGACCAACUUGAAGUCUGACCGGAUCAUUGAGUUGGACAAGCUUAUUGUCAUGUCAGAUAUUGAGAAAAUGGUGGGCAGAGGACCAGUGGUCAGUGUGUGGCCAAAAGGAGGCAAAUUUGAAUCGCUGCGUGCCUCUUUAUCCCGCAUCAAGAACAUGAACACCUACACCAAACAAGAGAUUCCUGCCCGUUUCCACUACAAAGGCGGGAGGUUUGUUUCACCUCUGACACUGGUGGCUGAGCCGGGCUGGUACAUUGCUGAGAACACCGCAGUAGUCCAGGCUUAUUUAAUCCAUCUGUCAGAAGACCUCCAAUUUGGCUGGCAUGGCUAUGACAACGAACAUGUUGACAUGAGAGCUUUUUUCUUUGCAUCCGGACCUGAUUUUGGUGGCCUUCUGGAUUGCUCUUCUGAGUUGUAUAAGCAAAUUCUGGAAUGCUACUGCCACCUUCUGCCCCAUUGAGGUCAUUACAGUUUGGCUCAUGAUUUCAAGAAGAACUUCCAUGCUGCGCCCAUACAAUGUGUGGACGUCUAUAACCUCAUGUGUUGGACCAUGGGUGUGGAACCUUUGCCUAACAAUGGGUCUUGGUCUCGAGUAGAGUACUUUCUGCAAAGUUCUUUUCCUCAG